AAGUUUGAAAGUUCAUCUGGCGAACAUCCGACCGGCGCAACAACAACGUUUUUUUGAUUGAUUUGUUUUUUUAGCUUUUAAAUUAUGGAUAUUUCGGAUCUUAAAUUUUACUGAGGCAACAACAAACCUUUCGCCGAAAUCUACGGAAUUCACAACAAUGUUUAAGAUGCCGGUGGAGAAGUUUUGAACAAAUCUUUUCAAGAUCUCGGACCUUGAAGACAUUAUUAGCUGAUUUGAGGAUUCAUAUCAAAUCCAGUCAUGACCAGCGUCGUGCGCUUGGUCCUUCAAAUAAUUGAAGGAACAAACUUCCAUCUGCUCGACCACAAAUCUUUCUUAGUUGUGCAAGGCAAACUGGACGGAGUUAGUUUGAAAACAGACCCAGUCCCACUUUCCUCGAAUAAUGGACCAAGAUUGGAAAUUGGCGAAGAGUUGGUCUGGAAGAUGAGCCUGAGGAACUUUAAAAGAAUUAGGCCCUCGAAAGCUCUGAUUCUCGAUUGCUUCAGCGUCACUUCUGGUGGCGAUUCCAAGAGCAUCGGCUACAUCGUCAUCAACCUCAAGUCCGUGACAGACUCUUCCCAGAGUGGUUGGCGUCGUUUGCUUGGAAGCAGUGGUCCGUCACAAACUUCCCCUCAACUUUUGCUAUCCGUCUCUCUGGACGACUCGAGUAAACCCAAAAAAGUGGAGCCAAAAGUCAUGCCUUUGGAUAGAAAAGUUGAGGAAUUGAGUGGACAACCAACAGAGCUCCUCCUGAAAAAUGGAAUCACAUACAUCGGUAGUGAGAGAUUCUGCAAGGAGAGAUUUCAGUUCAGCUGCACAAUUCUGGCUGCUUCGAACCUCUCAUCUCUUGCCAAGUCUGCCUCAGCAAAGGUGCAGCUCCAACUGCUGAAGCAAACACUUGAAACCAACGUUUUUGAUCCAUCGUUUGCGCUCAACAAGACUUUCGUCUUUGACGUUUUCAGCAAGACGUCCACCCUUGUUGAGUACCUCAAUGAAAACCCUUCAGUUGACGUUUCCCUCAUGCAUGAAGAUGCAGUCGUCGCUCAAGCAAAGCACUUCCUUGUUUUGGAACUCGGAGUUCCUCUGACAACAGAAAUAGUUUUCUCCAGCCAGGACAUUGACAUUCAGCCAAAAGUGACUGUGACUUUUGUUGUGUUCCCCUUGGAGGAGCAUGAAUUCGUCAAAGAGGCAAAGAAAGAGACGGUUUUGGUUUCGCCAUCCCCAGCAUUUACUUCCGAGGCUCCCUUGCCUUUGGACGACAGCAUGGAAAUUGAGAUGACAAGUGAAUUCAGCAAGAACUUCGAAGUUGAGGAAAUAGAACAAGAGCCGACAAAAGCUAGACAUGAAAAUGGACCUGAACCUCCAGUGAAGAGGGAUCGAGUUGAAAAAGUCAACACUUACAGAGCUAGAGAAGAAAUAAGUAGUGUUCCAUUGAUGAGUGAUGCUGAAAGGAUGACGAAAGUUGUCGAAGAGCUUGAAGACUGGAAACUGAAACAGAAGAUGUUGUUCACUGCAGAGAUGAACGCCAACAAGGAAGAAUUGACUCGUGCAUGGGAGGAUCGCUUGAAUGAACGACAGAGAGAGCUUGAAUAUGAAAAAAUUAAAGCCCUUGAGAAGACCAAAGAAUUGUCAGCCACUCUGGAGGAAGAAAUUGCCAAGUUGAAGUUGAAAGACAAGGAAUUGGACAAGGAGCAGGAAAAGCUGAAAAUCUACAAGAAGCAAAUGGAGGUGAAUUUUGAAGAGCAGAAUCAAAGAUUUCGAAGCCAGGUUCAAGAUUCUGGGUCAAAACUCUCCAUCUUGGCAUACCAAAACAAGAAGCUUCAGGAAAAGGUGGAUCUCUUGGAGAACGAAUGCUCAAAGUUGCAGAAAAUUCAAAGGAGCAGUGAAUCUGCCGAGAUUUUAGAGCUCAAGGAGAAGUUGCGUGAGAUGGAGCAAAAUCUGAAAAGAGCGCAGGAGGAAAAGGCCAAGAUCACAAAAGAGUGGGUCAAGAGUCAGCGCAAAGUCAACGAGGUCAAAGAAUCAAACCUCACCAACAUCAAUCGGGAACCAUUCUUUGCUGACCAAGAAAAGGCUCGUCUGAUGAAAGAGAAAGACUCCCUGGAGAAGAUGAGACUGGAGCUGCUUCAAAUGAAACAAACUCCUCUCCAAAGGGAAGUCGUCGAUGUGAGAAAAUUGCAGGAGCAACGAGAAGCGUUGCUCAAAACUGGGCUCUACAAUGAGCAAAGUGCACUGAUCAAGGGGUUGGACGAGGCCAUCUCGAAAGCGCAGCGAGAGCGAGCAAGUGCGGAUUAAGUCUGAUUAAAAAGUUACCUGUUGAUUUUAAACUAAAAUAUGAAGUUGCUGAUAAGGUCAUUGUAUUUUAAUAAAAUUUAAUUUAAUAAUAUACAAAU